AUGCGGCCUUCUACCUUCUUCGCUACUUUAACUUUUGCCCUUUCGGUUUACGCCCAUACUGGCAAUUUACAAAAUCACGACAUUUCCGCUACUCGAUCAACAGUUGGUAGUAGCGGCAAGAGACUCAGUGUAAAGGGGUUUGCCAAGCAAGGAAUCGGCCGCUCUACCGCCCAUAAGAAAUCUGGUAGCCACGGCCCUUCAAACCGUGCCGCUCACCGUAAUUGUCACCGACGGGGCGGUAAACUAAUUGCGCGUGCCGACAACUAUGAUGACGAUGAUGACGACGCUAUGUCUUGUGUAACUGAUGACCAAAAUAGCGGCGAAUAUCUAGAUUUAGGUGAUUUAGAAGAUGGAAUGUGGGACGACCCGGGGACUGAUACUGAGCCUUGUGUGGAGGAUUAA